AUGACCCGGCUCCGCGGAGCUUCCGUGAGCUCCUAUGACGCUUCGCAUAGUGGUGGCAUGGACAGGUCUCCAUCGCACCGCUCCAAACUCCCACCCAACGCCCCUGGUGUGAUAGUUGAGAAUACAGUCGAUGUUUCGGAUCCUGCGCAGGUUCUUUUGUGGUGUCGGGAUGAGCGUCGACGGCAGUUCAACCUGCUAGUUCGCAGGUACAAGAACCAGCUUCUUCACGGAUGUCAAGACCCCGGAUGCCAAACACCGACAUGUGCUAGCUACCGCAAACGAGUGAGCGAAGGACCAUAUCGUCGUUACACCGAGCUGAGCGCCCGCACCCUGGCAUGCUAUUUGGCCAGUCUGGAUAACGCGGAGGCUGGACUAUGUCGCAACACCUCUAGAGCCUCAUCAGACUUCACGCCCCAAGAUAGUCAUCGCCGAUCAAAGCGACGGAUUCCUACUGUUGAGACGAGGGAACGGAACGGUCGAGUGGCUGUAGGUGAUGGGGCUAUGGCGGGGCGAACGCUGCUGGAUAAAGAUACAGAGACCUCUGGCACUGGAGUCAACGAUGCAACAUCGCCGUCUGGCAUGGAAAUAGGCCGGAAGAGCGAUGCCUUCCCGGAGGACGAAAGUCGCGGAAUUCAGCAGCUGAAAGACCCCAAGUCUUUCACCCAGAACCUUUUCGAUACCCUUUCUUUGCGAAUGAUCGAAUGGCUUCCUUUGCGUCGGUCCCCAACCCAUACCGAUACUGCGCCUGAUCGCGCAGGGGCGCGAACGAGAACGUUUUCACCAAAACCAGACACUCCUCACAGCAGUUAUCAACGUUCUGAAAGGCCCCGCCGGAACCGGGACCAGCCAUCCCAGUCAACCCAGUUGAACGGUAGCAACGUGCACACGCCGUCUUCGCGGCAUGGCGGAAGUCAGUCGACGGCUCUGGAGUUGAGAUUGCCCUGCCAGCAGAUCAAACGGGUGUCCUUGACGGAUGUGGACCAGUGGCGCCAAAGCCCGCGAUCGAGCCUGGAAGAAAAAACACAUACCGAACUGAAGCCCGCCCGGAAACUGUCCAUCAACACGCAACCAAACGCCGACGAGUCAUACAAUCUACCUUCGCCGCCCGCUCUGAAGCACCGCCCGCAGAAACACCGAGGGCGAGCUGGUGAACAGCGAAAAACGGAGCGGCGCGUCUCCUGGGAUGGCGCGAAACUCCUCAAUGAUGUUGAACGUUCAGACUCCGAAACGUACCCUCCUGUCAAAGCGGACCAGCAUCCUGUGGACUUUCAAUCUCCCAGCGACCGCAAACCUCGCCGCAGGGAGAGACGCCGCAAACGAGAGAUAUGUAGUAUCCAGUCGGUCAGCCACCUCUCGGGUGAGAUUGUCGAUGGUUUGAGCCAGAUCAUGGCUCUUACCGACGAUGAGGCCGAUCGAUGGAGACAUGAACUGGAGUAUAUAGAAUCGACUGGCGCGUUUGAGGAUUCCGAAUGGCGUUUCGCCACGUCCCGUCAGCGCGAGGUUUUUACAUUUGUUGCACAGAGUGUUUUCUAUGCACUUGGCAAUACAAAGCAUGUUCUACGAUCGUUUCGCCUUCACACGGCUGGACCCGGCGAGAUGAUUGAACAUGGUACUGGUACUACGUCCAGACUUGAUUUGCAGCAAUUACAACCUUCGCUGCGCAAACUCUUCACCAUAUGCCCCAAGGAUCUUGUGUUUCACAGCCUUUGGAGUGCGGUGGAGACGUUGUUUAUCCCCCCAAAGGAAUUGUCCACUACAGGCCGACAAUCUCGGCGUUCUUCAUGCAACUCCACCAGCAGCGCGCCGGCAGCGCCGAUAAUUCUUCGACGGACCUCUGAUUCGACGAAAAGUGAGCACAUUAAUGAUGAAAAUGCAGCUGACAUCGCGACGAUUGCCUUCUUUGCAUUGGCUAGCUCCCUUCCAGAGGUCGAUGCACCCACCUGGCGUGGGAUUCUUCAGAUGCGUGCUACUGGAACUGUGGCCUCCAGCUCUGAGAUGCAGAAGCUGCCUCUUCGCAGUUCGCGUCUGGUUGUCGAAGCGACAGAUAUGCUGGAGCAUGAACUCGCUUUGCGGCUCGUCAACCGCCUCGUCCGUGCUCUUACGGCCCGGGUGACUUAUCACGAGAUAUCGAAAGCCCGUCAAACAUAUCCCAACGAUACUGCUACUAAACAGAAAAGGAAUGUUCUGGACCUUUUGAUCAGCAACCUCAGUGAGCAUCAGGGUCAGGUCACGGCCGAAAACAAGUAUAUGGACCGUCAGCAACUCCCCGGUACGUCCGCUGUUAUCACUGAGUGGCUUCGUACCAUCCUAUUGAAGGAGUGGGAUGGAAACCCGGACAUUGCAAAAGGGAGCACAGUGGGAGGGGCCGUGCAGAUGCUGUCUCUACUGUACAAAGAGAGGAGCCGCCUGGGCCUCAUCCCGGAAGAUUUCCAUACGCCAUUUCUUUCCGAAAGACUGGAACCGAUGGAGAUGCCGGUGGAAUGGAUCGAGCGACCACCCAACAAUAGACGACUCCAUCUGUUGUCCUAUUCUUUUCUCUUUCCCCCGUCCGCCUUGGUGAUCUACUUCCGUGCCCUGAAUUAUGCCGCCAUGUCCAAGUACUACGAGGCCGCGAUGACAACCACGCGGCAUGUCACGCAGACCGCGUUUGGGGCAAUUCAAAUCCAAAAUGAUGUCGGUCUCCUGGCGCGGAUGAAGACGUCGAUGACGACGUACUUGGUGUUGGUGGUGAGGCGUGACAACGUGCUUACGGAUGCUCUGAAUCAACUUUGGCGGCGUGAACGACGGGAGCUUAUGCGGCCGCUCAAGGUGCAAAUGGGCAUGGACGAGGGCGAGGAGGGCCUCGACCACGGGGGCGUUCAGCAGGAAUUCUUCCGCGUCCUCAUGGCCGAAGCACUGGAUCCGGGAUAUGGCAUGUUCACCAUGGACCAACGCACUCGCAUCUCCUGGUUUCAGCCACGCUCGUUGGAACCGCUCUACAAGUUUGAGCUUCUCGGGCUGUUUAUGUCGCUAGCGGUCUACAAUGGGGUCACCCUUCCGGUCAACUUUCCGACCGCGUUUUACCGUAAGCUCCUUGGCCUAAAGGUGAAGCACCUCGACCAUAUUCGGGACGGCUGGCCGGAAUUGACCAAGGGGCUGGAGGGACUGCUCACGUGGCAUGACGGCGACGUUGGGGAUGUCUUCAUGCGGACUUAUGAGUUCAGUUUUGAGGCGUUUGGCAAGAUCGAGACGGUCGACAUGCAGCAGGUGGACCGGGAUGCGGCAUGGCCGUCCCCCUUGGUGCGGUCGCGCGCUGGGAGCCCGCUGCGACCGUCCCCUUGGCCUGAGGUGCACCGACAAACGGACAACGCGAGCUUGAGCCCACCACUAUCGACCGCUGGCGAGGUGCCUGAAUCACCCGACGACAUCGCCAAGUCUCUGAAUGGAUCUGUGCCGAUUCAGUCGUUUACACCCCCCGUGGAAGAGGCGCCGUUGGUCACCAACCGCAAUCGAACCCAGUUCGUCAAGGACUAUAUCUUCUGGCUGACCGACAAGUCGAUCCGCCCGCAGUUUGAGGCUUUUGCGCAAGGGUUCUACACGUGUCUUGACCGGACGUCGCUGUCGAUCUUCACGCCGGAAGCGUUGAAGACGGUGGUGGAAGGGAUCCAGGAGAUUGACAUGCUAGAACUAGAGCGCCAUGCGCGAUACGACGGCGGGUUUGGACCGAGUCACCGGGUGAUCCGCGACUUUUGGAGCAUUGCUCGGAAGUUUUCGCCGGAGAAGAAGGCGCAGCUGUUGGAGUUUGUGACGGCCAGUGAUCGGGUGCCAGUCAAUGGAAUUUCGAGCAUCAUGUUUGUGAUUCAGAAGAACGGAGUGGGAGAUGCUGUGAGUUGA